AUGACUCCCUGCAACCAAGCGCGAUUCGUCGUCGCCUCCAGUUGGCAGGAAGUGCGGGCAGCGCCGCGGCCGACAUGGUGCAGGCCGCGUUGGCCACGUCCCCGGCCUCGUGCAAGCUUAGUGGCGAGACCGUUUCGGCAGUGGUUGAUGGAGGUGCAAGAAGGUGCACAGCAGCUGGCUGCAAGCAGCAAGAAUCUGCAGACGGUGGACGACCUGAUGGGGAGCCUGCGGCGUAAUCCCAGCAUGAGGCGAUGGAUUUGCGGGAUUGUCUGUGCAUGCAUCGCGCUGUACAGCUUGAUCCCUGCCGUCCCUUUAUUGGCAUUGCAAGUUGAGGACUGGCAGUCUUUGAAUCAGGAAAGCUUUGAGAACACGCUUCGUCUGCUCCAGACAGACUAUGGAGGGAGCAAGAGCAUGUAUUUUUUGUGCUUUCUGCUGAACAAAUUGCCGUGGAACUUGGGAUUUCCGCCCGCAUCUGACAUUCAAGCUGCUGCCUCUGCAAUGUUUGGCUCUGUGAUUUCGGGAUCCGUGUUAGCAGCGAUUUUCGACACGGCUGCUGCGGUUGUGUUCUUCUUUGUAGGCCGAUUCCUGUGCCGCUUGACGACGCAGGGCAAGCAAUCUCCCACGAUGCUUGCUCUUGAUGCUGGUCGCAAAUUGGCAGAGGAGGACGGGCUUCGGCUGGUGCUUCUGCUCCAGCUGGGCUUUGGCCCUGGAGCGCCAGAUGGUGCAAUCUCAGUGGGAAUGGGAGCUCUCGGGGUGAGUCCGUCGAAGUUUGUCCUGGGCCAUGGAUUUGGUGCAUUGAAGUGGUCUUUGGAACUCGUAUCUUCAGGUGCAGCCAUGUCACUGUCCACACUUCCGACAAACGGCUUGCAGGUCGAGCUCUUCACACUUCUGCAGCUUGUCCUUGCCGUCGCAUCUGCCGUGGCGAUGACAUUCCUGACCUUCGACCUACUGGAUCAGUUCCUUGGACGCUUGUCUGCACGGCACGCUUCCACUUGGCCUUCCGUUGAGCCCGUGGAUGUGUGGUGCACCCUGCCAACGGUCGACCUAGCCAGCAUGAAAGCUCCUCCGACCGAGCCUUGCUUGGUUUCGGGCUACAAGGUGCCCUUUGCCCUUCAGUCGCUCGAUGACCUCCUGGAUCCGAGGUACCCGUGUGGGGACCACCCGGCACUGAUGAUGUAUUCUCCAACUGGCACUUUCUCAUCUUAUGCCGUCGAGCGAGAAGUUGUGCAGCAUGCAGAUGGUCUCCGCUUUGCGGACGGUUCGCCCGAACGGCCAGCUCACGUGCAUCGCAUGGAAGACUUUGGCGACAAUACAUCCCGCAACUGCGGACGGCCAGAUCAGAUCGAGUGGCUUUUCGUUUGA